GUGCUAACGUGCAAUCACAUGAGAAGUUCUCGACAAAGGCGGCGGCCAGUUUUAAAUCGAAUCAAAUUGCUCGAUUAAAAGGAGAAAAGCUAAAAGCGGAAACAUUCGAAACAUUAUAGGUGAUAAUUGUUGUAUUCAAGCUUGUUUUAGUCUGGGCUUACGGUUUCCGCUGAAAUUGUUUUCUGUCCAACGCAUGCGAUUGUUUUGAUCAUCGUUAAAUUGGAAAAUGGUGCUAAGGAUAUUACUGAAGCCGCAUUUCCAAACGCAAUGUUUUCGCUUAAGCAAGCAAAUAAGAAAUAUGAGCGCUUCCUUGCCAACCCAAGCAAAACCUCCAUCCCAGAAUAACCUGGUUUGGAUUGAUUUGGAGAUGACGGGACUCGAUAUAACAAAAGAUCACAUAAUCGAAAUAGCGUGCAUUAUCACGAAUAAAAAUCUCGAAAUCCUGGAUAUGAAGGACGUAGUAAUUCACCAGCCAGAAGAGGUGCUAGAGAACAUGAACGACUGGUGCAAGGAUCAUCACGGCAAAACCGGGCUCACACAAGCCGUACGGGCAUCAACCGUUACUCUGACUGAAGCUGAACAAUCGGUGUUGGAAUUGGUCAGAAAACAUUGUCCGGAGAAAGGUUGCCCAGUGGCUGGCAACUCGGUUUACAUGGAUCGGCUAUUUCUGUACCGUUACAUGCCGGCUUUGAACGAGUAUCUUCACUAUCGAAUCGUUGAUGUGAGCACAAUUAAGGAAGUUUGUCGCCGUUGGAACGGAGCAAUUUUUAGUCGGGCACCACCCAAGGUACUGAAUCAUCGAGCACUGGACGAUAUUAAAGAGAGCAUCAAGGAACUGCAGUACUACAAACAGUUUAUGUUCCAAAACCAGAGGUCUUAAAGUAAGCAUUGAAAUGUGAAUACAAAUGAAUUUAGUUAGGAUUAAUGUGUAUGCGUUGCAAAGCAAACAAAUUUUCAAGAUUGUGAGUAGCAAUUAAAAAUCGAAUAAAAAGUUAGUAGUAAAAUAAAAGACUGUUA